AUGGACGACACAGAAGACGACUGGGCUAAAUGGCGCCACCCUCUCGACCUUAACCGCCCUCACCCUUGGGUUCCCUCCUGUCCCGUACCUUUCGACCCCUCUCCGGAGACGCCUUUCGGCCGCUCCAUGGUUCACCGUCAUAAUCGUGAAACCAGUAACUACCUGUAUCUCAUGAUCUCCCUCUCAGAGCCAACUUUUGAGCUCCAGGAUCUCUCCCUACAACAGCCAUUUUCGUUGAAAGAGCUGCAUUCCUUCUGCGGCAAGGCUUCCGGAAUGUACGCGAUUGCGGACCUGAGAGAGAAGCCACGCUUAAGACCGAGGUCGGUUGGUCUGUGUGGACGGCUCUAUGACGAAUGGUUUAAGCUGGUUGAGAGCGAUUCGAUGCAUGAGACGCGCUUUUUUGCUCGGUUCAUGCAGACGGAUGGCUUGAAUGUUGCAGAGAUUAUUGCGCGUCAUAGGACGUUGAGCCAGCAGCUCGAGACACAGAUGAGAGUCCCCAUUGAACGGGCUGUGGAGGGGGAGAGCUACUCCAUCGGAAAAGAAAGGGAGUAUCAUUGGGAGUGCACGUUAUUACCGAGCUUCAAGAAUCUAGUCAUCAUAGUCGAGGAGCAGAGCUUCAGGGCUCCUGCCGUACUUUUUGUUUUGGAUCCUGAACUGGCGCAGGGGAUCAAGGAGAUGGAACAAGCAGAAGAAGACGAGAUUGGGGGACACAAGGUUAUUAGACUGAGAGCGGCUAUGGAAGAUAUCAUGCGCGCUGUGGUCGCCAUGCAGAAGAAAACUACUGCGGAACACGAUGCCAUCACGGGAUGCUAUAGAGAGGACUAA